CACCCUCCCCCCGGCAACCAGGCGGCCCAAGAUGGCGGCGCCCAGCGCGCAUGAGACCAUCGGGCAAUUGGAGUGCGCGGCCAAGGCGCUGAUGGCCCCGCCGUCGCUGGUGACGCACGAGCAGAGGCAGCAUGCCGAGCACAUCUUCCUGGCCUUCCGCAAAUCCAAGUCGCCCUACGCAGUGUGCCGGCACAUCCUGGAGACGAGCCGCGUGGACUACGUCCUCUUCCAAGCCGUCACCACCAUCAUGGAGGCGGCCAUGCGGGAGUGGGUGCUGCUGGAUCACAGCACCGUAGAGUCCCUGCGCUCCUUCCUGCUCAACUACGUGCUGCAGAGGCCCGGGCUGCAGAAGUUUGUGAGGGAGCAGAUCCUGCAGGCGGUGGCGGUGAUCAUCAAACGCGGCUCGGCCGACCGCGAACAGUCGCUCUGCUGCCAGAGCAUCCUGGGCGAGGUCAGCCACCUGGUCAGCAGCGGCAACCCCGCCAUGCAAACGCUGGCGUGCUGCAUCCUCACGGCGCUGCUGCACGAGUUCGCCAGCUCCAGCAAGACGAGCAGCAUCGGCCUCAGCAUGGAGCGGCACGCAGCCUGCAAGCGGGCCUUCCAGGAGUCGGAGCUGCAGCAGGUGUUCGUGCUCACCGUGGAGAUGCUGCAGGAGUUCUGCAAGUGUCCCAACCUCACGGCGCACAUGUCCUCCGUGUUCCACCGCUUCUUGGCGCUCGCCAAUCAGGUGCUCAGCUGGAACUUCCUCCCGCCCAACCUGGGCCGGCACUACAUGGCGCUGUUGGAGGCCUCUCAGAACGUGAUGCUCAAGCCGACGGCGAGCUGGAGAGACUCGCUGCUCAACGCUCGCGUGCUUGAACUUUUCUUCCAGGUUAGUCACGCACGCGGUGCGGAGGACUCGGACAUGGCCCAGGACUCCCUGCAGUGCCUGACGCAGCUCGCGUCGCUGCACGGGCCCGUGCUGCCUGAGGCGGACUCCCAGCAGGAGUACCUGACGCACUACAUCGAGGGGCUGCUGUCCAUCAUCGACUGGGUUAGUCGGGUGGAGCUGGAGGAUCACGAAGCGAUCGGCAUCUCCAACGUCGUCUACAACCUGAUGAGCGCCUUCCCUCGCUCGGCGCUCACCGCGCUGCCCUCUGCCACGUUCUCCUCCUUCAUCAGCUGCCUCACGCUCGUCACCUGCUCCUUCGGACGCUCCGCCGCUCUGGAGGAGGCCCUGGACAAGGACGACCGCGUGUACACGGAGGCGUACGACCGCCUGCUGGAGUCAUGGCUGAACCUGGUGCAGGACCACCGCCACUUCCCCAAGGGAUUCUUCACGCAGCCGGCCAUCCAGAUCUUCAACUCCUACAUCCAGUGCCACCUGUCGGCGCCGGAGGGCACCAGGAACCUGACGAGCAACGGGGUGAGCGGCCCCGACGAGGAGGAGGUCAACGAGGUGCAGGAAGACGACCGCGACCUCUUCGCCGACCAGCUGGCCAGCGUGGGGAUGCUGGGCCGCACGGCGGCCGAGCACUGCGUCCCGCUGCUCACCCGGCUGCUGGAGGAGCGCGUGUCGCGGCUGCACGGGGAGCUGCAGCGCCACCACCAGGCCCUGCUGGGCUCGCAGGCCGGGCCGGGCCUCGUGUCGCACGAGGCGCCCGCCGUGCCGCUGGACGACCUCUACGAGGACAUCCACUGGCUCAUCCUCGUCGCCGGCUACGUGCUCGCCGACGACACUCAGGGCGAGACUCCGCUGGUGCCUGCCGAGAUCAUGGAGUUGUCCAUCCGCCAGUCCGAGGAGGUGGACAUGAACGCCACGCUCAGGGUACUCGGCUCUCCGGGCGACAAGGCCUGCAGCGUGCCAGGCUGUGACAACACCGACUACGUCAUCAGGCUGGUGUCGGGCGUGCUGCGGGUCUCCGAGGUGGAGUCUCGCGCCGUCAGGGCUGAGCUAACGUCGCUGCUCAGCCCUCAGAUGGGGAAGGACGUGGUGUGGUUCCUGCAGCGCUGGGUCCAAGCUUACCUGCUGCCUGAUGAGAAGCACUACGCACAGCUGAGCCUUCCGUUUACGGCCGCCUUCGGGCAGGACACGGAGGGCGCGCAGUGGAUCGUGGGAUAUCUCCUGGAGAAGGUGGCGAGCAACCUGUCGGUGUGGAGCUCCGAGCUGGAGCUGGCCAGCGACUCGGUGCAGCUGCUCAUCACCAUGGUGGAGCGCAAGGACAGGGCGAACAUGGUGAUGAAGUGCGAGACGCUGUGGGGGCUGGCCAAGCGCUACGCAGCGCAGGCUCCGCCGCUGGCCACGCUGCCGGGGCCCGUGCAGCGCAAGCUGGUGCGGGCCCUCGUGCUCGCCGGCUCCGCCAGCCUGGACGACGACAGCUCCAGCCGCUACUGGGCCGAGAUCCUGCACCCGCUGGAGAACCGCUUUGCCAGCGCCCUGGCUCACCUCGACCCGCGCCGGCUCGCCACCGCAACCGCCGCCGCAGCCGCCGCCACGAGCGCCGGCGGCAUCGGCGGCUCUGCCCGCGCGGCGGCCGACGGCUCCGGAGACGGCGGCGGCGGCGGCGGCGGCGGCGGCGGCGACGCCCCCGCCGUCUCCGGCGCGGCGUCCCGGGGCGGCGCCGAUGGAGACGCGGCGGCGCUGGCGGCGCUGGCGGCGCAGCGCGAGCUCUGCGCCGUCCUCGAGGGCCUGUGCGGCAUGGCGGAGGCGGCUCGCGCCGACAACGCGCCGCGCCUCUUCGGCUUCACGCUGCCCUUCCUGCAGCGCGGCGCCGGCCUGGUCACGCUGCGCACCACGGCGCCCGACGUCGCCAACCUCGUCCUGGAGCUCUUCGUCGAGGUGGCGCACCGCCAGAUCUGCUACCUGUCCGAGUCCAAGGCUCUGAAGCUGUACGAGACUUGCCUGGAGCUCCUGCGCGCUUACUCGAAGCACGCGCUGGGCUGGACGCGGGCGGAGGUGUGCGCCGAGGAGGAGCAGUACCAGGACCUGCUGCUCAUCAUGGAGCUGCUCACCAAUCUCCUGUCCAAGGAGUUCAUCGACUUCAGCGACGCGGACGAGGGCUUCCACGCGGAGGUGCAGGUGCGGGGCGAGGGCACGCAGGUGUCGGCGUCUGACGUGGUGCUCUACGGCCUCGACAUCGUGCUGCCCCUCAUGAGCCACGACCUUCUCAAGUUCCCAUCACUGUGCAACCACUACUUCAAGCUGAUCACCUUCAUCUGCGAGCUCUUCCCCGAGAAGAUCGCCGCUCUCCCCGAGGAGCUCUUCAAGAGCUUCAUGCUCUCCCUGGAGCUCGGCAUCACCGCCUUCAGCAGCGACGUGGCCCAGCUGUGUCUGGAGGCGCUGUCGCCCCUCGUGGAGCAGUGCGUCAAGUCCCAGCAGAGCGACACGCCGCUCCACCUCGCCACGCGACACUUCCUCAAGGUGGUGGUGGACGUGGUGCUCCUGAAGAAGUUCGACACGGACCUCAUCACGUCGGCCGGAGAGGCCCUCUACUGCCUCAUCUGCCUCCACCAGGCCGAGUACUCGGAGCUGGUGGAGGUGCUGCUGUCACGUCAGACUGACCCCUUGGCCUACCAGAGGCUCGCCGACGCCUUCAACAAGCUGACGCCGGGCCAGCUGGCGCUGUCGCUGGAGCGCAAGCACAAGACGCAGUUCCUCAAGAACCUCGAGGAGUUCCUCUCCAACGUCCGCGGCUUCCUCUGCGUCAAGUGAACACGGCGGCAGGCGGGC